AUGGUCGCCAAAGGGCAGGGGGAUGGCACCGUGAGUGCAUGGGUGGAAUACAAAAAUGCACAGGGUCGGGUGUACUGGUACCAUCCAGGUGAACGAAAAAGUGUGUGGGAUAAGCCUAACGAGCUAAAGAGUGCGCGAGAACGCGCGAUGGACACGACGCCGUGGCGUGAAUACAAGUCUGGAGAUCGCAGUUACUAUGUCAACAAAGAGACGAAGGAGUCGACAUGGAAGAUACCCGCUGAUCUGCAGGCUUUUCUGGAUACGAUACCUGACGAGCCAGCGCCUGCGACGGCGGCGCGCCCGUCCAAGAGCAUGUCGCCGGCACUGAGUCCGGCCACGCCACCGAGGGGAGCUACGCCCACGCAUGAAGCCGUGGGUACCGCAGCACUGCGUCAGCAGACAUCCUCUGUGACACGCCAUGCUACGCCUGUGUACGCGACGCAGGAAGAGGCUGAGGCCGCUUUCCAAUCGCUCUUGCAGCGUAAAAACGUGAAUGCAUCGUCCACGUGGGAGCAGACGCUUCGUGAGAUUAUCACGGAACCCUUGUACAAAGCACUUCGGACCCUGGCCGAGAGGAAAGCCGUAUUUCACAGGUAUGUGGACGAACUAAAAGCACAACAAGCUGCGCGUCGCGAACAAAAAAGCGCGGAACUGCGCCCCAAAAUGCUGCGUGCUGUACCGGAUCUGAAGCCAUACGCCAGCUACGCUACCUUUAAAAAGAAACUCGGAACGCAUCCUCUGUGGUCCGAACUCGAAGACGAAGAGCAGGCCGUGUCCAUCUUUGAGGCCAUCCGACAAGACUUUCGCGAAAAAGAAGCGGCACGGCAAAAGGCGCGGGGCGAGCAGAGGCGCGCCCAGUUUCUUGCGCUGCUUCAAAAGAUCGAGAUACGCCCCACCACGCGUUGGAAAGACGUUCAGCCCCAGGUUCCUGUGGCUGACAUGCCACUGACGGAGCAACUACGCGUCUUUGAAGACCACAUGGCACGCGUAGAAGCUGAUGAGCGCGAACAGCAGCAAGGUCAUGGGCAUUCGAGGCAGGACCGCAAGGCCCGUGAUGCUUUCCGCUCCCUGCUCGAGGAACGAAUCAAAGAGGGCACUCUGCAUGCUCGGUCGACGUGGGCGUCUUUUUUCCCCAUGAUUCGCGAAGACGAGCGGCUGUUGAAUAUGACGCGCAUCUCAUCAGGAUCCAGUGCCCAGGACCUCUUUUACGAUGCGCUUGAUGCGCUGGAACGCGAAUUUGCCGGAUACAUGCGCUCAGUGCAGACAUCGAUGCGGGAGCACCAAACGCUGGCCCGAGAAGCCGCGGAUUGGGACGCAUGGAAAGAAACAGUCCAGGAGAGUGACAUGAUUCGGGCUCUGCCCGAGCACACCCUCCGUGCCCUAUUCGACGAGUGCGUGUACCAGUCGGAACGCGACACGCGUGACAUGCGACGCCGCACCGAACGCCGACUUCGGCACUACGCGGACGACUUGCGGUACGCCUUCAGGCACGUGGAGCCUCCGUUGGAUAUCCAUGCCUCUUUCGAAGAAGUACUGCCUCGCAUUCGCAUGCUGCCGGAAUACAUGGCGCUGGAGCGUGCAGGCGAUGACGAAACGACCACGACGGCACGGGCUGCUUGGGACCGCUACGUGCGUCGGCAAACGGAGAAGCUAGCGGAUGCGAUGUAUGCACCAGGCCGCUCGCGCACGGACUAUACGGAUUUGGACGACGCGGGCGAAGAACGCAAGCGCAAAGAGCCCCCUGAGUUCCCCGACCCUCGAGCCGUGCGCCGGCGCACCGAGUAUGAAACGUAG